CCGAAAGCGACCAUCGCAUCGAUUGUUGAGAAGUGGAAGCGCACGGGCAACGCUCACAGAUCUCAUGCAAGCAACCGACCUCGCCUCAUGACAGAGGAAAUGGAUGCCUUCGUUCGAGAAAAGUACGACGACAAUCCCGCUCUCACCAUUGCGACGGUCACAGAUAUGAUGAAUGAUCAUUUUCAUACCCAUAUCACCGAGAGGACUGUUGAGGCGCACCUCAACCGGUCCGGAAACGACCAAUAUCGCAUGAAGCUGAUGAGGAAUGAGCCCGCCGACUUCAACAACCCGACGAAAAUUUGUGACCGCAGAGAAUGGUGUGAAGAAUUUAUGCGCCAGCACUUUUCGCUUGAUGACUGCAUUCACCUUGACGAAGCUGGGUUCAAUCUCAAGCUUCAUCGCAAACAAGGAAGGGCUCGUCGAGGUCGCCAUCCGAUCAAUGUCCAUAAUCAACGGGGGCCCAACCAUACCCUCCUUGUCGCUGUCUCCCGCACGCAAGGGGUUUUUGCAAGGCGUUUGCGUAUGAACCUGACAACCAACGGGAAUGCCUUCGAGGCAUUCCUCACCGAAGAGGUCUUGCCAAACAUUGACGAGCCAAACAAGCUCAUUGUCUUGGAUAAUGCGCCCAUUCAUCGCACCCGUCGCAUUAAGGACCUCAUUCAAAACGCUGGUCAUCGUGUCAAGAUGCUCCCUUCCUACACUCCCUUCUUCAACUGCACCGAAUGGGUCUUUGGCAGUGUCAAGCCCUUUAUUUGCUGCAAUGAACUGCGGAUUAGCAACGAGACGCUGCCCCAGCUCAUUGAUGACGGUCUGGAUCGCAUUACAACAGAUAUGGUGGAGGGUUGGAUGCGCGAGGUUAUGAGAUAUUUCCUUCUGGCGUUGAGAGAGGAACCUCUUGGAAGGAUGUAC